CUGGUGCCGUUACUAGGGGCGGGGUUAUGAUGUCACGGACAGACAGUUGGUCACGGCGGGAGGAUUGAGCUGCUGUGUGGGAGCUAUGGCCGGAGGUACCGGGGGUCUGUCUGCUCUUAUGGCAGCAUCCCUUUGUGAAUGUAUUUAAACAUGUGCGGCUGGAGGAAUGGAAGAGAUCGAGCAAGGAAGGGGAUGUCAGCGCUCUUAUGGACAAAGCCCUGAAGUGCACAGUGUACAAGAUCCGAGGGUCUAUACCAGCCGGAAACUACAUCCAGAUCCCCAAAACCAGUUCACAGAGUCUGGGGCUGACGGGACGUUACCUCUAUGUGCUGUUCCGGCCGGUUCCUGGGAAGCAUUUUGUGGUACACGUAGAUGUGAGCACAGAGGAUGGCCAGUCUGUCCGAGUUUCCUUCUCCAAUCUCUUUAAAGAGUUCAAAUCCACCGCAACAUGGCUGCAGUUCCCCUUUGUGUGCGGAGCAGUGAAGGGUUCUGUGUAUGACAGUACAGCGCAGACUGCGCGUCAUGGACUGGUGGGUCUGGCCCCCUCAGGCUCCCGCUGGACAUGCCUCCUGUUGGACCUCCAGUACAUCCUGUCUCUGUAUCUGAGCCGUAGAUACAGUCACCUGAAGAGUGUCAAGCUAUGCUCUAACCUGCUGGUGAAGAACCUGGUGACCAGCGACCUGAUCUUCAGCCCUGAAGUCACUUUUACCGAGGCAAGGCAAUCAAAGUCUCUUCCGUGUGGUGUCUCUCCAAUGCCCCGAGAGAUGGCUUUUCCUGUGCCGAAAGGAGAGAAGUGGCAUGACCUGUAUGACUUUAUAAGGUUUCCUUCAGAUGGCUCCAAGCUGCCCUAUGACUCCAUUCAGAAAGGACAGUCCACGUCCACAGCUCCAGGUGCCCCUACAUCUCGGAGUCCUGUCCGAGAAAACCCACGCUCCGUCACCAUCAGCAAGCCGGUGCAGGACAGAGUCUCUCUCAUCCAGCAGAUCACAUCCCCCAGGCUGAUUCCUCGCCGCAGUCCCUUAUGUGCAGAUUCCAUGCCCGAGCGUUACCUCUCCGUGUGUGGGAAAGCCGGGGUAGUCGCUGACUCUGAGGUGGAGAGCACAGCGGGGGAGGAGGAAGAUGAUGGUGGAAUACACAUCUAUGCACACAAAGACCAAAAACUCGUUAUGCACAGACAUAACGCUGACGCUCAGCAAGUGAGCAGCACCAAAUCUCACAGGCCGGAGACCUUCUCAGCGGGAACAGAGGCCAAGAAACUUCUUCCUGAUCCUAUCCUUAAAUUGAGAAAAAUAAUUGGCUUUGGAGGCUGCACUCAACGUCAUGCUCUCUGGACUCACACUGGCUGCUCCAUAGUCUAUCCUUGUCAUGCGGUUAUUGUGUCUCUGAAUGUGGAAAGUGAAGAACAGAGGUUUUUCUUGGGUCACACUGACAAGGUAUCUGCCCUGGCAUUUAAUGGCAGCUGCACCCUCCUGGCAUCCGCACAGACUGGCGCACUGAGCAUGGUGCGGCUUUGGCACUUCCAGAAAGGCAGCUGCCUCGCCAUGUUCAAAACCCACGCUCACUCAGUGUCGUACCUAAGCUUCUCACACACUGGCUCGGUCCUGUGCGGCGUUGGGAAGGACGGACAUGGGAAAAAUAUGGUGGUUGUGUGGAACACGUCUCAGGCCGGCCACGGUGGAGAGGUCGUGGUCCUGGCGAAGGCUCAUACAGAUGUGGACAUCCACACUAUGAAGAUUGCAUUCUUUGAUGACACCAGGAUGGUAUCGUGCGGGAGGGACAAUAUCCGCUUGUGGCGGGUGCGUAGUGGCUCAUUGCGGUCCUGCCCAGUUAAUUUGGGGGAAUUCCACAAUUUGGAGUUCACAGACCUAGCCUUUGAAGUUGGACACAGUCCUGAUAGAGAGCCUGAAGACCGGACGCUCUACGUGUGCAGCCGCAGCGGGCACAUCCUAGAGAUAGACUACAAGAACAUGGUACUGUCUAAUGUGCGCCGCCUGCAGCCGAAUCCGCCCCAACACAGCGAGCGACGGGAGAAGCAGACCUUCAGCUCUGGUCCAGGUAUUGCUGUAAACAGCCUUUGUAUCUCUGCCACCUACUGUGCCACCGGGUCGGAGGAUGGCUACUUGCGCCUGUGGCCCUUAGACUUUACUGGGGUCUUCUUGGAAGCGGAACACGAGGGUCCGGUGAGCUGUGUGUGCAUCAGUCCAGAAGGUCUGCGUGUCCUGUCCUGUACUAGAAGUGGAGAGCUGGGGGUCCUGGAUGUGCCCUCCCGCAGUUACCAGACUCUCAUGCGCUCACAUACAGACUCCCUUCUAGCCUUCUCCACCCACCCGUCUCAGCCUCAGCUUGCCACUGUAUCCUGCGACAACACGAUCCGAAUCUGGGACCUGUGUACCCUGCAGCAGCUGUAUGACUUUGCAGCCAAUGAGGAGACUCCGUGCACGGUGACCUUUCACCCUGUCCGCCAGGCCUUGGCCUGCGGCUUCAGCAGCGGGGUGGUGAGAUACUUUGAUGUGACGGCUACCACUAUGCAAUACGAACACAAGCAGCACCGAGGUGCCAUUACUGGCCUUCUCUUCUCCCCUGAUGGCGGCCUGAUGUACAGUGCCUGCUCUGCGGGAUCCCUGGCUCUCUACAGCAUUGGACACAAAGAACAGCACGUUCUGCGGGUGCUCGGUAACGUGGUGUGCAAGAACUCCGAGCAGGGACCCCAGGCUUUGUCGCUGAGCAGGGAUGGAUGUCUCUUGGCGUUUGUUGGACCUAUCGAAUUCACUGUGACGGUCAUGCACGGCCGGUCAUUAGAUGAGCUCCUGCGCAUUGAUGUCAGCAUACUGGAUCUAGACAGCACUAAGCUGGACUGUGCCUUGAGCCUCGCAUUCAGCCCACAUCGCCCCUAUCACCUGCUGGUCUCCACCUCCGGCAACAAGAUCUUGUGGCUGGACCCCAAGACCGGGCGUCUCACCAGAGAGGUGACACAAGUACAUAAACCGCACUGCUUCUCACUGGCAGUGAGUGACGACAACCGCUACCUGCUGACUGCAGGGGACAGAAUCGUCAAAGUCUGGGACUAUAGCCUGGCUGGGAUCGCCCGCCCACAGGUGUUCAUCGGGCACUCUGAACCUGUGCAGCAAGUGGACUUCUCCCCGGAUCAGCAGAGCGUGAUCACUGCUGGAGACGCCAUUUUUAUCUGGGACUUUGAGGCGGCUCCGGACCCUGACACUCUGGUUGGCAGUCCUGGUGGAGGUCCAACCUCUGUCCGCCAGUCCAGCUUAAAUGGGCCUUUGCCCUCCACCAUCCAUUCCAGCACAGAUCCCGUAGAUCGGAGGAGAGAUUCCACAUUCAUCUCUAGCGGCGUGCCAAGGGGCAUAGCUCCUCGUCCUUGUAUCUCCUCCCCUCCGCGCCUGGAUAUCAGCCCACUGCAGCACACAGGUUGUGCAGGCCUCCUUUCAGAGUCAGAUGAUGGAGACGUGGCAGUGGCGGGAUCUGUGCACGCAGAAUCAGAAGAAAUUGAUUUGCAAGAUCCAUUGGAAAGUGAUGGGCAGUCAUCUCUCAUCAUUAUAGAGAGCCAGCCCAACAGGUCCAAGCUGCCCUGGGUCUCCAGGACCGUCACCAGCGGUCAAGGAAAAGAUGUGAGGCAGGACCCGCCACGUCCCGAUGCGUACACACAUUUCAACCCUCGUUUCAAAACCCCCUGCUUGGCAAAGGGGAUGUGCCCGCCUCCGCCCAACCAGGAAAUGUUGCACCUCAAAGCAGUGAUUGGGUACAGUGGCAACGGCAGAGGGAACAUGGUGUGGAACCCAGAUACAGGGUUCUUUGCAUACACUUGCGGCUGUGUCAUUGUGGUGGAGGACCUGCAUUCUGGGCUGCAGCGACACUGGUUGGGACACCCCGAGGAGCUCUCUUCGUUGGCACUGACCCACGAUGCCAUGAUUCUGGCCUCCUCCUCCGGCUCGGGAGACGGGUUCUCUAUCUGCCAGAUUAGAAUCUGGGACACACAAGAGGGCAUCUGUAAGAAAAUCCUGCAGUACCACCAGACGGAGGUGCAGGCCAUGAGCUUCUCCCGAGACGACCGGCUUCUCGUCACUGUCGGUGAUUUCCGUGAUGGGAAGCUGGCGCUGUGGAGCACCAGGACCUACGAGAUGUUGGCGAGUAGUAAGAUGAUCCAGCCCGUGCACGCAGUCAGCUUUAACCCAACGCACGCCAACACCUUGGCUUGUGUGGGCACCGCAGCUGUGAAUUUCUGUCGCAUAGAGGAAAAUGGGACAUCAUCUGAACUGAAGUUGUACAGAGCCGCGGUGCCAGAUGAGGUUGGCUCGGCAGAGCUGACGUCCCUCACCUAUAACCCCACCUCUCUGCUGUAUACGGGCUGUAGCACGGGACAGGUGUGUGUGUGGGAUGCCCAGACUCAUCGCUGCUUUAUGACGUGGGAAGCGGACCAGGGUGAGAUCGGUGUUCUGCUGUGCAGAGGCAACAGGCUGGUGACCGGUAGUAACACUCGCAGGAUAAGACUGUGGUCUGUGGCUGCCGUACAGGAGCUGAGAGAGAAGGGGUCCGAGGCCAGCUCCUCAUCUGUCCUAAUGGAACAAGAGAUGACACUAGAUGGCGCCGUUGUCAGUGCAACCUUUGACGAUGCCUUGGAGAUGGGUAUCGUGGGCACCACGGCUAGCACGUUAUGGUACAUCAACUGGGUGGAGAAUACCAGCAUCCGUCUCAUCAGUGGUCAUAGGAGCAAGGUGACCGAUUUGGUGGUGGGUCCAGGGGAGACUCACUGUGCGACAUGCGGGGAGGAUGGCAGCGUGCGGGUCUGGUCCCUCCACAGUUGCGAGCUGCUUCUUCAGUUCCAAGUCCUCAAUCAGAGCUGCUUGUGCCUGGACUGGAGCCACCAAGCCAGCUCCGGGCAGAGGAUUGCCGCCGGUUACAGCGAUGGGACCAUCCGAAUCUUCAGUGUGUCUAACACCGAGAUGGAGAUGAAGAUUCAUCCUCACCCUUGUGCCGUGACCGCCAUUGCCUUCUCCCGGACCGGUGACGUGUUGCUCUCUGGUGGGAAGGAUGGGCUGAUGGCGAUCAGCAGCCCGCGUACAGGAAUGACUAUUAGAAUACUGAGUGACCACAAGGGUUCCCCUAUCACCGCCAUCCAGUGCUCACCAAGAAAGGCUGAGGAACUAGGCCUUCAAGGAGGAGAGAUCUGGUUGGCUGCCAGUUUGGACAGGCGUGUAAGUGUCUGGGCGUCUGAUUGGCUAAAAGAUAAGUGCGAGCUCUUGGAUUGGUUGAGCUUCCCAGCACCAGACAGUGAAAAGGAAGCAGAGUCCCCUAUUCCCACCCUGGCAGCCUUCUGCCCAUGGCAGCCGGGCACGGUGGUGUACGCUGGAUUUGGGAUGCAGAAGGAAGUUCUGUUCUAUAGCCUGGCACAGAAGCAGGUCCUGCUGAGCAUCCCGCUGUCGCAUUUCGCCACAUCUCUCUCCAUGUCACCAGCAGCCUCACUCCUAGCCCUGGGCAGCCGUGAGCGACUUUUGCGCGUCAUUGACUCAUCAACGGGCACACAGCAAGACUUUUCAGCUCACGAUGACUGCGUACAUCUCUGCCGAGUAUCUCCUUCAGGCAACCUUCUCUUCACUGCAUCCUACAACCAAGUGCUUGUCUGGGACAUACAGAAUUCAUAAUUCACCAUGUCAUUCUCUGUGUCCAGGGUGCCGUAGCUAAUCCCACCGCUGUCCAACAAUUGCCCCAAUUGCCUGCCUCUCAUGCCUGAAUUUAGAUAAGAAAGUGUCUUUUGUACAUACACCUUGUAAAUAUUUGUUUCCUUUGCCAAAAAGUUGUUUUAUUAGAAAUUUUAAGUUUUAAUAAAAAAAAAAGUUUGACGGUAUAACGUGGCUUAUACUAAAAGCUGCUCUUUACGUUUUGUACGAUUUUUAUUUUUAUUUUCUGUAAGUGUUUUAAAAAGUGAUGUUUUUAUUGCAUUCUUGAUAUAUAUUUUAACAUA